CCCCGUUUGUUAUUAUUAUUCGUCAAUUCGUGUUUUUAUCCGCUGAAAAUUAAUUUGUUCUUUUAAUUUUAUCGCGCUCAACUUUAUUUGGAAUCCACGUGAAAUUAUAUAUUAUAUUAUUGAUUCGUUUAGAUUUCAAUGAUUUUACAGUAAUUGUAUUUAACGUAUGCGUUGGUCUUAAAAACGAAGACGACACCAUAAAUACUUAUAACAAAUGGCUACGACUACUUUACCUUCCGGAGAACCCGUAUCUGAAGACACUUCUCUUUACCCAAUUGCUGUACUGAUAGACGAAUUGAAAAAUGAAGAUGUUCAAUUACGCUUGAACUCUAUAAAAAAACUAUCCACAAUUGCUUUAGCACUUGGUGUAGAACGUACUAGAGUAGAACUGAUUCCAUUUUUGACUGAAACAAUUUAUGAUGAGGAUGAAGUUUUGUUGGCUUUAGCUGAACAACUGGGAAAUUUUACUAAUUAUGUAGGAGGUCCAGAUUUUGCAUACACCUUAUUGCCCCCUUUGGAGUCCUUAGCUACAGUUGAAGAGACUGUCGUGAGAGAUAAAGCAGUUGAAUCUCUACGUCAGAUAGCUGUUUUGCACACCGUAGCUGAUCUUGAAAAUCAUUUUGUUAGUCUUGUGAUUCGUUUGGCAUCAGGAGACUGGUUUACUUCACGCACAUCAGCAUGUGGUUUAUUUUCGGUUUGCUACUCACGUGUAAAUCCCAUGAUUAAAUCGGAGUUACGUAAUUACUUUCGAAAUUUAUGUCAAGAUGAUACUCCAAUGGUAAGACGAGCAGCUGCAGGAAAGUUGGGAGAAUUUGCCAAGGUUGUGGAAUUAGAUGCUUUAAAAAAUGAUCUUAUACCUAUGUUUUCCUCUCUAGCUCAAGAUGAACAGGAUUCGGUUAGACUUUUGGCUAUUGAAGCUUGUGUUAGUAUAGCCUCGUUACUUACUCAUGAAGAUGUUAAUGAUUUAGUGAUGCCAACUUUACGAUUAUGUACAUCUGAUAAUUCUUGGAGAGUACGCUAUAUGGUUGCAGAUAAAUUUACUGAGUUACAAAAAGCGGUUGGUCCUGAAAUUACCCGCAUUGAUUUAGUACCAACAUUUCAAUCAUUGUUACGUGAUACUGAGGCUGAAGUUAGAGCAGCUGCUGCUAAUAAAGUUUGUGAUUUUUGUCGUAACUUAUGUCCUACAGUUGCUUCAGCCACAUUAACUAAUGAUCCAAAUACUACACAAACAUCUAAUGCUGUUGACUCUAUUAUAAUGACUUCCAUUUUACCUGUAGUCAAAGGGUUAGUAGCAGACACAAACCAACAUGUCAAAUCAGCUUUAGCAUCAGUCAUUAUGGGAUUAUCCCCAAUCCUUGGCAAACAAAGAACUUUAGAUCACCUAUUACCAUUAUUUUUAACUCAAUUAAAAGAUGAGUGCCCAGAAGUACGUCUAAACAUAAUAUCAAAUUUGGAUUGUGUUAAUGAAGUUAUUGGAAUUCAACGACUAUCUGAAACAUUAUUGCCAGCAAUUGUAGAACUUGCUGAAGACCCUAAAUGGCGUGUACGUUUAGCAAUUAUUGAAUAUAUGCCACUUUUAGCAAGUCAACUAGGUGUCCAAUUUUUUGAUGACAAACUUAAUAGUUUGUGUAUGACAUGGCUUAUUGAUCAUGUAUAUGCUAUUAGAGAAGCAGCUACGUUAAAUUUAAAAAAAUUGGUUGAAAAGUUUGGUGCUGAAUGGGCUCAAACAUCAGUGAUUCCAAAAGUCAUAUUAAUGGCUAGAGACCCUAACUAUUUGCAUAGAAUGACAUUUUUGUUCUGUAUUAAUGAAUUAGCAGAAGUAUGUGGUCCAGAAAUAUCUGCUAAAACUAUGUUACCAACUGUUCUUUCUAUGGCAAGUGACAGUGUUGCUAAUGUACGUUUUAAUGUUGCCAAAACACUUCAAAAAAUUGGCCCGAUUGUUGCACAAUCGGCUGCUGUAAAAUCCCAAAUUAAACCUGUGCUAGACAAAUUAAAUACAGAUACAGAUGUUGAUGUCAAAUAUUUUGCUGCUGAAGCAAUGUCAAUAAUUGCGUGCAACUAAUAUUAUUUUAUUAUUGUUUUAUGUGUAUCAAUUAUUUGGCGCCCAAAUUAUUAAAACAUGUUACUACAGCUUAUGCAUUUUUCUCCCAAUUCUAUGCAUACUAUGAUUUUUUUUUAUUAAACUAAUACAAAUAUUAUUAUAAUUAUUAUCAUUUUUGUAGAUUAUUUUAAACAAAAAUUGUGAAAAUGAUAAUUUAUUAUGUUAAGUCAAAUAAUCAAUAAUAUUAUAUAAGUAGAUACUAUGCUGUAAUUAAUAUUAUAUUUUAAUUCAAUAAUGGAAAUGUUUUAAUUAUAGAUUGAAAUUCUAGAAUUUUUGUUAAUUUUACAGCUCCGACAUUUAACAACUAGAUUAAAUUAUUACUUUAAUCUCUGUAUUUAAAUUUAUUGAAUAGAAAGUUAUUCGUAAUUAAUUUACUUAAGUAAUGUAAUAAUGAAUAUUGUUUUCCUAAUGUUAUAUUUAUUUAUACAUACAUACCUUCUAAGUAAUUA